ACCUGUGCCCCGUCGGUCCUCCUCUGCUCCUUCGCUGCCGUCGAACGCGAUUCACCAAGAUUUCAAAUUUCGAUUCCUGGGUCCUUUCUCUUUUCCUCUUUUCUUGAUUCUGGUUUAAGUUUAAAGGAUGGACAAUUUCAGUUUGGUAAUUGUUGAAUUUUCAGAUUGCAUCAAGUGUCAUUCCUGUGUACGUCGUUUUUUUUUUGUUAUGAUCUUCUUGGACAUGGGUUUUCUUUUUUAUAGUGAGUUCUAUAGCUGUUUGUGCUUGUUUUCUGAUUUAUCAGUCUAGAAAUGCUUAAUAUUUUGUUUGGUAAUGGUUGUCUUCUGCUUGGGCCUGCAUUUCAGAUUGUAAUUUUAGCCUUUACAGAUUUGUAGUGACUUUGUUAACAUAUCAGAAGACUAAAGGGUUUGCAUAAAUAGUAAUGGCGCAAACAACAAAUGUUUAUAUCUGGGACAUGGAUGAAACCCUUAUACUGCUCAAGUCUUUGUUGAAUGGGACUUAUGCGGAGGCUUUCAGUGGGUCAAAGGAUGUGGAAAAAGGCAUAGAACUUGGGAAGACAUGGGAGAAAUACAUUCUUCAAAUUUGUGAUGAGUCAUUUUUCUAUGAACAAAUUGAAAACUACAAUAACCCCUUUCUUGAUGCCUUGAGCCAAUAUGAUGAUGGGCGGGAUCUGUCUGAUUACAAUUUUGAUCAUGAUGGAUUUAAUACUCCAAAUGAUGAUGUGAAUAAAAGGAAACUAGCGUACAGACUCCGAGUCAUAGCUCAGAAGUACAAACAGGGUUUAUCUGGUGUUUUUGAUCAUGAGACAAUGGUUCUUUGGAAUGCAUUGUACGAUAUGACUGAUGAAUACACAGAUAGAUGGCUCUCCUCAGCACAGUCAUGCUUGAAGGAGUGUUCGGUUGGGAAAGAAGAUUCUACUUCCCUUGCUGCCUCUGAUAGGGGAAGUGGGGUCAUCAGGCCUACUGAUACACAGCACAUUAAUGUUUUAGUGACUUCUGGAUCAUUGAUACCCAGCCUUGUAAAAUGCUUACUAUUUCAGCUUGACAGUUUGAUAACACAUGAAAACGUUUACAGCUCGUGGGAAGUUGGGAAACUAAAAUGUUUCCAGUGGAUCAAGGAACGUUUCAACAAGCCAAAUAUUCGUUUUUGUGUAAUUGGAGACGGAUGGGAGGAGUGUCAUGCUGCACAGAUCAUGCAGUGGCCUUUUGUCAAGAUAGAUCUACGGCCUGGCAAUUCUCACAGGUUUCCAGGCCUCACGGUUAGAACAGUGGGCUACUACUUCAAUGUUGUCUACGGAAGUCCUGAUGCAGAGAAUGAUGAAGAAUGAGAAAGAGUUAUAAUUUUCCCAGAAUUCCAUCUUUACAUAGAAUCAGAGUGUGGAAGCUGCUCAGCCUGUCCUCAAGGUAGUAAUGUUCGUCUCACCAGCACUCUAAUUCUCCCAGCAGGACUUGGACGAUGUCAUUGAAUAUUUGCUGGAUCAAUAGCCAAGAAGAGUAUUAUUGUUCUACCUGCUAUGGGAGUGCUGAGUUAUUGAUGUCAAUCAUAGAUUACACUUUGAUAUAUUUUCUCCCUUAAGGACAUGUAGUUCAAAGAAAUCAGUUUUCCGGUCUUUGGACUGGUAUCCAAUGGAUUGAAAUGUCAGCAUGUGAUGUUAUCUAACAUCUUUUUGAUGUCAGGAUGACAUUCGAGCCCUGUUGUUGCCACGUCAUAACGUUCCUUUCAGUUUGAAGAUGGCUGGGAUCAAACUAGGUCAGAGGCUUAGUUAAGCAGGCAUUUCGUUCAUCCGAAUUGAUGUAUAUCAAAUUAUGUCCAAUUUUUUCCACUCCUUAUCUUUUUGGAGGGCUUGUGGCCCUACUCCACCAAAAGCUAACUGCCACACCAGGAUAUGAGAUUACCCUGGAUCAUACUGAUUAGGAUUGGUGCCUGAUCCUCUUAUCUUUUACAGAUCUUCCUUAGAAUAUGAUUGAAAAUGGUUAGUGAGUUAAUUAAUGGUUGAAAAUGAUAUUGGCCUUACAAACCUGUGGGAAUUCCGUCAUUAGAUAAUAUGUGUUUGACAAGCAAGGUGGUUGAAACUCCAAUGGGGGACAAGGUUAGGGAAAGAAGUUUGAACCCUAAUGGUAUGGGUGAAGAAGAAUAUUUUUGUCAAUAAUUUAGUUAAUUGCUU